GGCGAGGUGAGCCGCUUCCAUCUUCGCGGAUUCCCGGGUUCUGGACUACAUUUCCCAGAGCCCCCCGAGGCGCGGCUUCAUUAGGAGCGCUCCGCGUUGCAUUCUGGGAGACGCGUCCCCAGCACACAGGGUUUUUUUAGGCUCGGGCUUCCCUGGAUGCCAUCCAGCGUUCACCUCGACCCUUGCGCCCCCUCCCGACGCCCUGUGGGCCGUUGGGUCCCACGCGGCCAGCCAUCCUGCAUCGUCAGGCGUCUUAAAAUCAAGGUUCUGGAUCCCAUCCAGGAAACCACGAUACAGUUCGUUGUCCUGUCUCCUUAGGCUCCUCUCGGCUCUGACAGUUUCUCAGCCUCCCCUUGUUUCUGAUGACCUUGAAGACGUAAGAGGUGCCGAUCAGGCGUUUGGCAGGAUGUUCCUGCACUGGAAUCUGAUGUUUGUCUCGCGUGUAGACGAGCUCCGCCUUUUCCAGAGUCGGUCUGCAGUGAAGGAAGCCCUUAGACAACUCAUCAGGUCCUGAUUCUGAAACUAUGGCCCACGAAGACUGCUUAAAAGAUAGCCUGGCAAAACGAUGAACUUGAGGCUCGAAAACAUUCAAACAGGCCAACCCUGUUUUCGAAGAUAAGAGAUCGCAUGUUAAUUUCUGAAACAAAGCCGGAGGAAUGCUGUGAGGCAGGGUCCCGUGACAUUCUCAGACGUGGCCAUCGACUUCUCCCAGGAGGAGUGGGCCUGCCUGGACUCCACGCAGAGGGACCUGUACUGGGACGUGAUGUUGGAGAACUACAGUAACUUGGUCUCACUGGAUUUGGAGUCACCCCAUGAGACCAAGAACUUACCUACAGAAAAGGGCAUCUGUGAGAUGCGUUUCUCCAAGUGGAGCUCGGACGGGAAAAGCAAGUCCCUUGGCCUUGACUGGGUGUGUGAAGGUGAGUUAGUAGGGGCGCGGGGCCCUCCAGGGGGGUAUCUCAACCGAAGGAAAACCAGCCGUGCGAAAGCGCCCGCCGGGGAGGAGGCCUCGGACAGGCCACCCCAGAGACCUCCUCGCAGGGAGAAUGCCUAUGAGUGCAAGGAGUGCGGGAAGGCCUUCAGCCGUGGCUACCAGCUGACUCAGCACCAGAAAAUCCACACGGGCGAGAAGCCCUACCAGUGUAAAGAGUGUAAGAAGGCCUUUCGCUGGGGUAACCAGCUGACUCAGCAUCGGAAAAUCCACACCGGCGAGAAGCCUUACGAGUGUAAGGACUGCGGGAAGGCCUUUCGCUGGGGCUCGAGCCUCGUCAUUCACAAGAGGAUCCACACGGGCGAGAAGCCCUACGAGUGUAAAGACUGCGGGAAGGCCUUCCGCCGCGGGGACGAGCUCACGCAGCACCAGAGGUUCCACACGGGUGAGAAGGACUACGAAUGCGAGGACUGCGGCAAGACCUUCAGCCGCGUGUACAAGCUCAUUCAGCACAAGCGGAUUCACAGCGGCGAGAAGCCCUACGAGUGUAAAGACUGUGGGAAGGCCUUCAUCUGUGGCUCGAGCCUGGCUCAGCACAAAAGGAUUCACACGGGCGAGAAGCCCUACGAAUGUCAAGAAUGCGGGAAGGCCUUUACCCGUGUCAAUUACCUUACCCAGCAUCAGAAAAUUCACACUGGUGAGAAGCCUCAUGAAUGCAAGGAGUGUGGGAAGGCCUUCCGGUGGGGUUCCAGCCUCGUGAAACACCAGAGAAUCCACACGGGGGAGAAGCCGUACAAGUGCACGGAAUGUGGGAAGGCCUUCAACUGUGGCUAUCACCUGACCCAGCACGAGAGAAUCCACACUGGCGAGACGCCUUACAAAUGUAAGGAGUGUGGGAAGGCCUUUAUUUAUGGGUCCAGCCUGGUGAAACACGAGCGGAUUCAUACCGGAGAGAAGCCCUACGAGUGCAAAGAGUGUGGGAAAGCCUUUAGCCACGGCCACCAACUCACACAGCAUCAGAGAGUGCACAGCAGUGCGAAGCCGCACGAGUGUCAGGACUGUGGAAAGGCGUGUGGCCACGCACACCAUUACAGAGGACACCAGGGGCUCCACGCCGCGGGCAAACCUUUCGAAGACAAAGAAUGUUCAGAGGCCUCUAGACAGCACUCGUUUCUCCCACAACACGAGGCAAAUUCAUGAUACGAUUUAACAUAAGGAAGUCGUCACCGGCCACUCUUCUUCCAGAAUCUCAGGAUAGUCCUGCGAGAGGCAGGUUUGGAGACGAGAAGUCACUUUUCCUCCCCGAUUACAACAUACGCAGUGUAGACAGUUUGUUUACUGGAUGGGUUAAUGGAUGCAUAGAAGGUUCCCAGGACCUUUUGAUUUCAUUUCAGAUUCAUUCUGGGGAAUAACUGCUGAUGUAACAUACGUGCAAUAGCCUUUCCUCUCCACGGCUGUCAUCCUCAGCCCCCCCUCACUCACUGUGCCUCGGGGGAAAUGACCUUUAACCCCUGUGUGUAUCUGUGAAAUCAGGACAGCCACUUGAUACUGCCCGUGGGCCAUUAGACAAGUCUGGUAUGUGGAACUCCCUGCAAGUGUAUCUGGAAUAUUGUGCAAACUCAAUAAACAUUAGCUGCGUUUCUGUCAUCAUUA